CCACUUCUCCUUCUCAAUCUACACUGCUCUAUACUGUCAACAGCUUCAGCAAAGAAUUUAUUCAUACAGUUAUCACUGCGGAAACGAUGGCUUCUCAGAGAGAUGUUGAGUUCAAGACCUACGACGGUCUCAAGCUCAGAGGCACGCUGUUUCCUGCCGGUGAGAAGAAGCCAUGUGUCAUCAUGACUGCUGGUUUCGGAGGCGAGAGAGCUCACUUCAACCCCGAUAUUGCAGCGUACUUCCAGAAGGCAGGGUUCACGGUGCUCUCCUAUGACAAUCGAAACCUUGGCGAUAGCGAAGGUCUCCCUCGCAAUGAGGUCGACCCCGAGCUCCAGACGAGGGAUUACUUUGAUGCCUUCAACUACGCAGCGACACUGCCUGAAGUAGACCCGAAGAAGAUCGUUUACUGGGGUUCGAGCUUCUCGGGAGGCGUUGUACUCAAGGCUGCUGCUCUGAACAAGAAUAUCGCAGCCGUCAUUGCGCAGGUCCCCUUCAUCUCAGGCGAAUGGGUUUCCCGCACAGUAAAGCAGCCACCAGCUGGACUGGUAUUGGAGAGAGGCCAUGCCAUAGCGACUGGCCAGCCCACUAUGAUCCCCAGUCUGCCCGACACGACGGAGGAGAUUACGAAUGGAACAUCCAAGGCUGUCCUCGCUGACCAGUCCACGAUCGCAUUUAUGGAGGAGAUAAGCCGUCGCGGAUACACCUGGGACAGACGCGUGACAGUCCAGAGCAUGGCCAACACUUGUCUCUUUGAGCCCUUGGCGUACGUGCACCGCAUUGCGCCGACGCCUUUGUUCAUGGUCGUUGCUGACAAUGACACUGUCACGGGCACGCAUCUGCAAUUGGAGGCGUUUGAGAGAGCCAGGCAGCCCAAGAAGCUGCAGCUCUUUGCGGGAGAGGACCACUUUAGCAUGUACUAUGGCGAGGCAUUGGAGCGCAACGUGACUACGCAGAUCGAGUUCCUGAAGGAAACGCUGCAUCUUUGAGUACUGAGAUAGGUUUGCGGUUAGGGCCCCCCUUAGUAAUAUUCAACUCCCGGUCUCCGC